AUGGAGCCAGAACCAAAAGAAGGCACCCUGGAAUGGUACAAGAAGUUGUCUGAACAACAGGAAGCAAGGAUCACACAGCUCACGACAGACAAUACGCAGCUCACGACCAACAAUACGCAGCUCACCACAGAUAACGCACAAUACAAGAAGGAGCGUGAGCCUACCUCCGUCCCUGCGUUUCUUGAUGCUGUCCACAACAAUUAUCAAUGCAGGAUCACCGUCAAUCCCAACCCCCCGGCACUGAAACUACAGGAGGUCCUUUGGGACGAGCUGGCCCAGAUCACUCCCACCUUCUUUGAGACCAAUCAUUUCGAUUCUCUAUCUUUCAUCGAGAACACAGGCACCAAGGUGGCGCGUAGAAUCAUCUCUUCAGAGGCAGACCUUGCAUCAAUUACCAGGCAAACAAUAGAAGACCCUGUAACCGAGAUCUUAGAGAAAAUGAGCGAUCAGCAGGGAAUCUCCGACACCUUCAAUUUGGGUGGUAGAGUCUACUUCGAGAAUCACGGGAAUAGUAUUGACAACGAGGACGAAGUUAUCCCCCGUCUCGAACAUCUUGCCAUUGAGCCUAACACCAAUCCGCCCCGUACACCAAAAAGCUUCAUACGUUCUGAACCAAAUCAGGAGAACCAGAAGCAGGGCUAUACUUAUGCUGAUCAGAUUUGCAUUGUCGGGAACACGCCGGCUUUCAUCAUCGAGUAUAAGGCUCCGCACAAGCUGACCAUCCCCACCCUUCAUGACGGCUUGCGGGACAUGGAUCCUCUCGCGGAGGUAGUGAAUCGUGUCGAAAAACGCGAGUCUGUGGUCGAUCACGCUGAGCUUCUCGUCGCGGCUGUGAUGACCCAGACCUUCGAUUACAUGGUGAACAGUCGCUUGCAGCAUGGAUACAUUUGUACUGGGCAAACUUUCGUAUUUCUCUAUAUUGCGGGAAAUGAUCCGACCACUUUGUAUUACUAUCCGUGCAUUCCCGUGGAUGACUUACAGGCUGGCACCGCUUGGAAGCCCGAUGACGGGAAGAAGAAUUCGAAUUCUCUUCACAUGACAGCUGUUGGGCGCGUGCUGAUGUUUUUCCUCCAAGCUAUUCGAUCUCCGAGGCUUCCCGCAGGCUGGACAGGAUUUGCAGAAAGCUUACUGAAACGCUGGGAAGAAGAUUACGGAGAAAUGCUUGCCAAAAUUCCGGAGACUGUUCGAGAAGAGGGAAGACCCUCGGCCUACAAGGCACGCAGAAAGCUCAUUGGUCGCGACGACAGGUCGCCGUAUUGUCUCCGCUCUAGAGGCUUACUGAAAUCUUCAUCGACCUCAUGCGCACCAGAGUCAAAGUGCCAAAAGGGUGAUGAUGAUGAUGAAGAUGAUGACCCCUAUCACAAGUACAAGGACUCAUUCAAGGACAAGUAUGACCAAAGCUUACUAGAUUCUCCCUGUCCCCCUCCGCAAGCGAAGAAAGGACAAGUCAGCAAACCAUCCGGCACAAAUAGGCACAAUCGUCAAUACCGCUCCUACUGCAGUCAACUUUGCUUGCUCGGGUUGCUACGCGGCACUCGACUCGACGAUACGUGCCCCAAUUUCGAUAAACAUCUCGCUGCAAACUCCGGUGUUCGUCGCCAUACCAUUACGCAAUCCUCGUUCCUGGAGAGGAUACAAUCGCAGCUUGCCGUGGAUCUUGACACCGACGUGGAGGACCGACUAAUCAGUGGUUCUCGCAGCGCCAUGUUCAAAGUAACUCUCAGCUCCCACGGCUACACCGUGUCCGCCAAAGGGACUAGAGAAGUGUGGGUGUCUGACUUGAUUCACGAGUGGAACGUUUACGAUCAUCUUGCGUCCUUUCAAGGCACCAGCAUCCCGGUUUGUCUUGGAAAUAUCCACCUUGAAUGGGCAUAUCCGUAUUCAGCGCGCUCCCGUUUAACGCAUAUGAUGUUCAUGUCUUAUGCUGGAGAGCCGCUCCACCGCCUCCCGCCAGACAUCGAUCUGCCCACCGACAGCAGGAUCAAGAUUGCAGAGCAGGCGAAAGAAGCCUUCAAGGGGCUACAUCGUGGUGGAGUUGUCCAACGCGAUGUGGCAAUGCGCAAUUUGUUGUGGGAUAAGCAGAGCAAGUCGAUCUUCUUUAUUGACUUUGAGAGGUCUGUGUGCUUCGGGCCCAGCAGACCCCAGCCUCAGAUACAGAAUCUACGCGUGACAAAGCUAGAAGUCGAAGCUGCAACAGUUAGUGUUAACCCCGUGGAGGACGAGGACGAAGAGAACCAUGGCUGCGAAUUUGGAAAGCCAAUCACGCAAGGGACUCAUGCGAAUAUCUGGAUUGAUGAAGUUGACCGCCACGACGAGAGUGUCACUAAGUCUUCACCCACCGCGACCCACAAAGAAGCUUGCGAUAGCACCCGCACUCUUACCUCUAACGUCGGCGUGAAUGUUCAGCCCACUUCGCCCACCAAGAUAAACGCCAAGCUGGCCUCCAAACGCUCUCCCCUUCAACCGGUAUCCCCCAACAUCAAGCGGCGACCAACCAAGAGCCUUGCGCCUUCAAAGCAAGACCAGUUGUCGAAGCCGAUCAAAGCAAUACAAUCUCCUAGCGCUGACAUAAUUGCAAUCCCAGAAGAUCCUUACACAGGUCUCGCCCAUGUCGAAGUUGUCCUGCAAAACUACUUCGACACGAUCAAAUAUACCGACGCCAUCGCACAUUUCAAGGAUGAGGACACGUGCUUGAAAAAUGAGCUCGCGCGAUGGGUGGAAGCGGCAGGAAUUUAG